UCACCCACCUCUCCUACAAAAAGGGCAGAGGUCGGCUGCAACCAGUUCAGGAUGCAACCCCCCUCCUGGCCGUUGACACCUGGGCUAGGCUCCAAAAACUUCCGCCACCCUUGUGAGGAUAAGCGGCUGAGAAAAUGGACGGAUGAGCAGAGGUCGGGAGGAAGGAUGUAUUAUUUUGUAUCUGGCACCACCGAAGAAGAAAUGAAAGAGGAGGAGGAAUCAGAAAAGACUUCGCGUUGAUGCUAUCGAUAUUUUGGAUCGAUAGAUCGAUUAGUGCCUGCCAAUAUGCGUAAAUGACUUGAGUGCAUGUAUCAAAAGCUAAAACGUUAAAAAAAAAUCUGUUCCAAAUUUACAUAAUCGUAACAUCAGCGUGAUUUAUUUUCGAAUGUGCAAAAUGUUAAAUAAAGUUAUUGGGGGGGGUGCUAGACGGACGAGGAUUGUAGGAGGAGGCUCGGUCGCGCUUGAGCAAAUCUUGCUGAAUUUGGACCGAAUGUUGUGAAUCCUUGACGCGUAACGCCCACCCUGAUCAGGACUUCAGUGGACUAAAACAUCACGUGGUGUGUUCGUGUCAGUUUGGAGUCCUUCCGCGCAACUUGAAGCUUCUCGACCUAGCUUAGCUGAUUUUAGCCUAGCUUGGUCACAAAGAGACGUCUGUGAUCAACACUUCUCUAAGCGGAGAUCAAGCUUGAGGAUCUUCUCACGUUGGAUUCGAACUUGCGAUCGUUGGAAAAUGUGCGCAAGAAGAUUAGCGGAGGACGAACAUUGGGCACAAAAAGACAUAAAUGAGCUCCAAAGUCAACGACUGGACGCUAUUGGCGAGCUGCAGGUUCAAGCUAUGCAACUCGGAGCAGAUGUCAGCAAAGAUUUUCGUCCUCAUUGGCUGAAGCCGGAGUCCCUGAACAUGAAAGAGGAAGCGGAGGACAAAGAAGUGUGUCACAUGAAAGAGGAAGAAGACUUGAAGCCCCACCACAUCAAAGAGGAGGAGGAAGCCUUCCUUCGCGUUAAACAGGAAGAGGAGGAGGAAGUCAUUCGGGUUCCUUUGACUGGUGUCUCUUUGAAGAGUGAAGAUGAAGGUCAAAGUGAGGAGAGCAGGGGGGCGGAGCCUCCAAGCAGGAGCUCAAGUCAACAGAUGACAACAAACGGCGAUGGAGACCACCGUGGAGGAUCACAACCCGACGGACUCUUCGCUCCGCUAUCAGAUAGCGACGACAUGACGUCGCACUCUCCUCACACCGACGAUGAUGAUAAACAGUCUGACGGUGAUAAGACGUGCAACACCGACAACAAACGAUGGAAAUGUUCACAAUGCGGGAAAACGUUUCCUUAUAAGGGCAAGUUGAAGCAGCACAUUAGGACACACACGGGAGAGAAACCGUUUGCCUGCCUGGAUUGUGGCCAACGAUUCUCCCAGAAGGUCAGUUUGAGUCGUCACGCAAGAACGCACACCGGAGAGAAACCUUUCGCCUGCUCGGUUUGCGGACAGAAAUUCUCGAAUAAGGGAAACGUGACAAGACACGCGAGAACCCACACGGUCGCAAAAUGCUUUACCUGCUCAAUUUGCGGGCUAAGUUUCACCAAGAAGGACAACCUGACGAGUCACGCGAGGACCCACAGCGGCGAGAAACCUUUCGCCUGCUCGGUUUGCGGUCAACGAUUCUCUUUGAAGGGAACCUUGAAAAAACACGCAAGAACGCACACAGGCGAGAAACCGUUUUCCUGCUCGGUUUGCGGCCAAAGAUUCUCGCAAAAGGAAACAUUAAAACACCACGCACGAACACACACUGGGGAGAAACCAUUUUUCUGCCUCGUUUGUGGCAAAAGAUUUUUCGCGAAGGGAGACUUGAAACGGCACGCGAGAACGCACACGGGUGAGAAACCGUUUCCCUGCGCGGAUUGCGGACAAAGAUUCUCUCAGAAGGGAACCUUAAAAAAUCACAUGAGAACGCACACUGGUGAGAAGCCGUUUACGUGCUCAGUUUGUGGUCAGAGCUUCUCCCGGCACAACUACGUGAAGAAACACAAGUGCGCUGGGAAGAAUAGCGGCGGCGAUCAAUUGAACUUUAACCUCUCACCCGAACGGGCUUCUUCACUUCCCGCCGCAAGAAUGAUAAGCGUAAAGUGUCGUGAUCGUCAUGUGAAAAUGUGUGCGAGAAGGACAGCAGAGUAUGAGGAGGAACUUUGUGGACCACAAGAUCCACAACGUCAACUAAUGGAUGCUGUUUUCAGUCUGCAGCCUCGAACUGCGCUCCGCACAGCAGACAUCAAUAAAGAUCUUCGUCCUGAGCGGCUUCAGCCAGAGUCUCGUCGCAUUAAAGAGGAAGUGGAGAAUGAAGCGCACGUCCGCAUCAAAGAGGAGGCGGAGGAAUUGGAGCCAACGUCCAUGAAAAAAGAGAAGGAAAAAGCGCAGCCCUACUUCGACGAGGAAGAGGCGGAUAUCACCGAGUUUCCAUCAACUGGUGUCCAUUUGAAGAGUGAAGAUGAAUUUGAGGCUGAGGAGAGCAGAAGCAACUCAAGUCAACACAUGACUACAGAAGGUGAUGCAGACCACUGUGGAGGAUCACAGUCAGAACGCCACUUAGAUCCACAAUUAGACAUGACAUCUCACUCGCCUCGUGCUGACGAUGAUGAUGAUGAUGAUGAAGAUCAACAGUCUGAAGGUGGUAUGUCAUGUCACACUGAUGACAAACGAUGGAAAUGUUCCCAGUGUGGGAAAACCUUUGCUUUUAAGAGCAGUUUGAAACAGCACACGAGAACACACACUGGAGAAAAAGCUUUUGCCUGUUCAGAUUGUGGUAAAAGAUUCUCUUAUAAAGGAGACUUGACCAGGCACACAAGAACACACACUGGAGAGAAACCUUUUGCCUGUUCAGUUUGCGGUCAAAGGUUCUCCGAGAAUGGGAAAUUAACAGUGCACGCAAGAAGGCACACUGGAGAGAAACCGUUUGCUUGCUUAAUUUGCGGUCAAAGGUUCACUGCAAAGGGAAAAUUGACAAUACACGCAAGGACCCACACUGGAGAUAAACCUUUUUCCUGCUCAGAAUGUGGUCAAAGAUUCACUCAGAAAGGAACCUUAAAGAUACACAUGAGAAUGCACACUGGAGAAAAACUUUAUUCCUGCUCAGUUUGUGGUCAAAGGUUCACUCAGAAGGGAGCCUUAAAAAUACACACGAGAACGCACACCGGAGAGAAACCGUUUUCCUGCUCAGGGUGCGGUCAAAGAUUCUCUCGGAAGGAUCGCCUCAAGACACACAAGUGUGCUGAUGUCGGGGAAAAUCUCGUUCUAGAGCUGCAGCAGUCAGAGUCGCCCAGCAUUAAAGAGGAAGAGGAGGGUGAAGAGGUUCAACAAAUCAAAGAGGAGGAGGAAGAGUUUGUCCACAUUAAAGAGGAAGAGGAGGAUGAAAUCAUAAAGGUUUUUUUGACGGAGGACCCUUUGAAGAGUGAAUAUGAAGAUCAAAGUGAGCAAAAUCAAAGGGCGGAGCCUCCCAGCGGCAGCUCAAGUCAACGCAGCAACACAGAAGGUGAUGGAGACCACGGUGGUGGAUCAAAACCAGACAGCCUCUUAGCGCCACUAUCAGAUGGUGAUGAGACGUCACACUCUUCAGACUACGAUGCAAAUAAAGAACAGUCGGGACGUAACAUGACAUGUCCCACUGACAGCAAAUGCUGGCAAUGUUCCAAGUGUAGGAAAAGUUUUACUUCUAAGAGCAAUUUGAAACAGCACAUAAAAUUACAUACCGGAGAGAAACCUUUUGCAUGUCCCGACUGUGGUAAAAGAUUCAUUGUAAAGGGUAAGUUAAUAUCACACUCAAGAACCCACACUGGAGAGAAACCUUUUGUCUGCUCUCUCUGUGGUCAAAAAUUCUCUCAAAAGGGAACUUUAAAAAGUCACAUAAGAACACACACUGGGGAGAAACCUUUUUCCUGCUCAAUUUGCGGUCAAAGAUUCACUGAAAAGGGACACUUGAAAAGUCAUACAAGAACCCACACUGGGGAAAAACCUUUUUCCUGUUUAGUUUGUGGUCAAAGAUUCUCUGAAAACGGAACCUUAAAACGCCACAGAAGAACCCACACCGGAGAAAAACCUUUUGCCUGUUCAGUUUGUGACCAAAGAUUCUCUGAAAAGGGAACCUUAAAACGCCACACAAGAACCCACACUGGGGAGAAACCUUUCUCUUGCUUAGUUUGUGGUAAAGGAUUCUCUCAGAAGGGAAACUUUAAAAAUCACACAAGAACACACACCAGAAAGAAACCUUUUGUUUGCUCAGUUUGCGGCCUCACAUUGUCUCAUAAGUAUCAGGCUAAAAAUCACAAGUGUGUUGAUGAGAAUAGCAGCGGGCAACGAAGGUUUUGCCUCGCAUCUGAGGAGAUUUCGUAGUUUCACCCAACAAGGAUGAUUGUAUUCUAUGUAACUUCUUGUAGGCCUCCAGUGGGAAAGUGUUGGAAAUUAGCACCCACGCGAAAACACUUGUAGCGAAACAUUUGCUUUGUGUGUUUUUGUGAUGUCCAUUUCAAAUAAGGGCAUAAUUGACCCCUCCGUACAGGGCACUUAACCACGCCUCCUGAAGUGACGUCACGCCACGUGCGCUGACGUAAGACAAACAAUUCGUAAAAAAUGGCAAAUACAAUACAAUACAAAUACAUUGUUAGACGUGCAGACGCCAUGCUUCUGAUUUCAUUCAAAUCAACGAUAUAGAUUCUAAAUACAAUACAUUCUUAACUGAGAGAGACGCCAUCCUUCUGAUUUCAUUCAAUCAUUCACACGUAGCAAUGUUAUGCUAGCGAUGAACGUCUCAUUCAUUUAUACGAGACGUGUAUUAAAAAUCAAAUAUUGGGCAUAUCUUCGUGCAAACACAGUGUGGUUAAAUUUCUGGCCGCAAGCCAGCAAAAAAGCGACACGUUUGUGCAGUCCGAUCAUAGCUAAAUAUCGCUCAACAAAGAAUAAGUGUGUCAAUCGUUCACACGCAGCAGUGUUAUGCUAGCGAAGAACUUCAAAUUCAUUUAUACGAGACGUAUUGAAAAUCAAAUAUAGGGCAUCCCUUCGUGCAAACAUAUCUGUUCCGGUUGAUAUUAGAUGGAUUUAGUUGAUGAUGCGGUCUUCCACAAAGUUUGAUCCAUCGAAGGCAUUUUUCGUACUGGGUCUUCGGUUUUGGAAAGGGUACGAAUCGAACUCCACCAACUCGCCUUUCAGGAUACCUGUCGUCACUAUUACAAAGUCCGUGACUACACGUCUUAACCAUAUUUUUUGUUAAAUAACCCAAAUACGCGAUAAAACGCUAACUAAACCUAUACUGGACCAUUCAAUGUUGUCUGAGAAAAUGGCGGGAGCAAAAACGGGCUUUGGUUUAUGCAGAUCUCUGGCCUCUGAUUGGUCAGUGACGCCGAUUGCGCAAUAUCCACGGAGGGGUCAAUUGAGCCGAAAAGAAAAACUCUUUGGGGUGAAACGACCAGAUGAUUAUGUGAUCAGGAAUUACUGUAAAUGGAAAUACUUUUUGUAAUGUACACUAUUGGUCUGAAACCGCACAGCAGUAUGGAUUUCAGGUCAAAGGUUGAAGGUUUUGGAAGUGAAUGUCAUACAGUGUUAAAGAAAACCUUGAACAUUUUGUGUUCCAAAACAUAAACAACAGUUGACAAAAAGCAUUACCUUUGAUUUCUGACUCCAAAACUUGUUCAUAAAUUUCAUGUGUAAAUAUGAUGAGCCGAUUAAAACCUCUCAGAGGGCCGUGAUGACUGAAACCAUAAAAUUCUUUCAUCGCCUCAUCAUUUUUAAACCUGAACUUUAUGAACUAGUUUUGGAAAUAGAAAUCAAGGACGAAUGGGUUGUUCAACUAUUGCUGAUGUUUGGUGAUCCAAAAUCGCAUGCCAUGUCUCAAAUAUUUGUAUUUAUUAUAUGACAAUUUGACAUUUUUGCCCAGAUUUUAAUAAGAAUCAUGGACGUUAACACAUGAUUUGCCUUGGCGAGCCACAUAAAAUCAAGUGGCGGGCCGGAUCUGCCCCCGGGCCUUGAGUUUGAAACCUGUGCAGUAGACAGAUGGGUACAUAGUUAUACCCUAUUGUUAUGUUAUUAUUAUAAUGCUAUAUGAUGAUGUAAAUUAAAAUAAAGGAUCUUUUUUUCAGCCCACGUUAUUAACAUCUUGGUAACCAGUUUAUUAGGUCACGAUUUUAUCAUUUUUAAGAUUUAUGUGUAUGAACGUCUGUGUCCUCAAAUAAAAUUUGAUUGCGUGAUAUUGAUCUUUUUCA